AUGAGCUCUCAUCCAGUCGUCGGGGACAGCCCUAACCAUGAAUGUUUCCUUGAUUUUCCAGAGCACACCUGCAAGGACUUCCGAUGCACCCAGAACGAAUUCUGCAUCGAGACGGACCUGCUUUGUGACGGCGUGAAUCACUGCGGCGACGGCUCCGACGAGGCUACCUCCACCCUCUGUGCCAAUUCCGAGGCGUCGACUAUCCUGGGCAUGCAGACGAUCUGGUUCGCGGUCACGCUAGUUUUUCUGAUCCUCUGCGUCGCGGGAAUGGUCACGACGGUGACCCUCUGCUUCUGUAGGCAACGCGCCGCCACCCCUAGACAUCCACACAACGCGCACAACGCUCAGUCUCAUCCUCCAGUCAGCUUCCCAUAUGUACGGAUCGAACGGAGCGAGCGCAGGCCUGCCAGUGGGCAUGACCACGCUGAAGGGAACCACGGGCACUCUGGGAGCUCUGGGGACCUACGGCUCGGCCCUCGGACCGGGGGUAACGGGUGCCACGACCCUCCCGCGGCCGGGAAACUGGCUGCGCCCUGCGGGCCUCAGGCACGGGCACAGCGCGGCCCGGGUCCGCCUCUACUGCCAGGCAAAGUGAGGAGCCACGGUUCCGACAGCGACAUCUCCUCCAGCCAAAAAGACGAAUGGUUUGUGUAGAGGCAGGCCUGGACCAGAGCCCGCAGGGUGAACCGGUGCGGUGGUGCCCUCACCGCCCCCUCCCCCCGGGGACGUGACGACGUCAUACGUCGCUUCGUUUCCUAUUCACAUCGGUCGCGUGUCACCGGCGAAGAAACAUCUUGGCGUGUGCGUGCCGCGAACGCAACACACCCGACACACACCCUUUUCGCUUCCACCGCCCUCGAUCAACCAACCAACCCCCGACCCCCCGGAAGGAGACGCGUGAAACCACCGACGAGAGGUAGUGUGCACGUCGAAAUGCGUGCGCCGAAAACAUCGCUGCUUCAGAUGAUCGUCGAAUCCUGUAUGUAGGUCUUUUCGAGUAAAUGAAAAAUCGCGUCGGUUCGUCGAUCGAACUCGCAACUUCCCCUCCGUUCCGCCUGAUCUUCGCAUUCGACCUGUCUGUCCUCGAACCGACGAUAAUUCUUUGCCGAGGAGGAGCAGAGCGAAACUGGCGAACAGACGUGGAUGCGUGAUCCGACGGAUAAUCGAAAGUUUCGUUACUGUGCGCGAGUAUACCCAUGUAUGACUGUGUACAUUAGAGAACAGAGAUGUAUUUUGAAUCGGCGGAUCGAGAGUGCGAGAGUGAGUAGUGGCUGAAGUAGAAUGGGAACAACCGAAGAUUCGUUCACGCGUUCUUUUGCGCCAAUGAUAUUAUUAUGAUAUUAUUCUUUUAUAAUACUCUAUUGCAUAAUCUAGUCACUGGACGAAUGGAUGUCUUUCGCUAAUGAUUUUUUGAAAACGUAUAUUUCAUUAUGAAUUCUGUGUACGGCGCUGAGUAAUUACAAUAUUACCGUGUAAGUUAACAUACAAUCUAAUUGGAUCAUAUUUCAUUAAUCAUUCUUGUAAUUGAAAAGCAUUGCAUUAGAUUCUUUCAAUUUUGACUUACAGUAUCGCAUUGCAAGUCAGUGUAUAUCAAAACAGUAAAACAAAUUAAUGUAUACAUUUGAUGUAUAACAAUUACUGCAGAUCGUGAGAAACUUUACAUUAAUCAUUAUUACAAUUGGAAAGCAUUGCAUUAGAUUCUUUCAGUUUUUACAACAAAUGGACGUAUUAAUGUAUACAUUUGACGUGUAAACUAAUAAUUACUGUAAAUCGGACCGUGAGAAACUGUUCUUAUCACACGAGGACAAGCUGUUGGAUAAGAUUUAUCGAUCGAUCGAUCACGGAAAGCAAUAAAACCCCGGGAUCGGUUUUUCCGUCGGCGACCGCGACUUCGAAUUGACGUCGGUUAAGCGCCGGCAAAGGGGUGAAUUUACAUCGGUAAUAUUGAUCGAACUGAAAGGCGGAGAAACGUUUCGCGGAAAAUCGUUACCGUGGGAGACACGUGAAGGUAUGCAUGCGGGUGCAACACGGUGUGUAUGUAAUAUGUGCGCGUCGCGUGUUAACGUGUGUACGCCUGAUUAAAUUGCGUUGAUGCGUGAUGCGUAGACGAGGACGAAAAAUCGCGAGUACGGGCUGCGGCUCGCAUUAUUUAUCGGAACGAUUUAUCCACGUGUACGGAGCAGAGAGAAAGAGAGUAAGAAUGAGGAUGAGAGGAAAGUAAUCUGCAUGCUGGCGUUUCACUCCACCGUAAUUAAAAUAAAAGUAAGAAUUCAUAAUUGAGGAAUGAUCAUCGACCUUUUAUUCAUCAAACUUCAUACGACUUUCGUUCUUAUUGUAAUUAUUAACGUUGUUCGUACGUCAUUUGCGACUGAUUAAUUGAUUUCCUGAUAUUCGUCUAUGGAACGACGUUAGUUCCUACGGUGUUUUUUAACUCGUCCGUAAGUGAAUGAUAAUAAUAUAUAGAUAGAAGUCAGAACACGCUGGAAAAAAAAUAAUUGUGACAAGACUGUUAGUACUUACCGCGCUGCGUGAACUGUAAUUGAUAAAACCAGGUAUUCAAACACAGGAAAGCAUUGCGGUAUUUUUUUAAAAACGUUUAACGAAUUUCUAGAACUUAAAUAAUUGGAGAAUGAAAAUAAAAGGAUUUAAUGUAAAUGUUAAUAAUUUUUCAAAAAUUUAUAAUACUUUCACGAGAUAGCUU